AACCGUGUGGCAGCAACCAUAAGUCAUGACUAUCUAAUUACCGCAAAAUUAUCACGUAAUCGAAUUAAUGCAUUAUAUGGUGACAGUGUUUUGUCUUCGUUUUAAUUUUCUUGCAUUUUUUGUGUUGUAUAAAUGCAGAACGUAUGAACGCGUAAACUGUGUUUUUUUGUUCAUAUUUUUUAUUGAAGUUUGUGAAAACGUCAUUUUUGAGGUGAAAGGCAUCAGUAUCUUUAAACAUUAAACAUUAACAGGUGUUUAAUACCGCAUUCCAGUAAAAAAGCGAUACGAUGGAAUUAAUACAUCUGUCUUUCGUAGCCCUGGUACUCAGCCUUACAUGUUUCUUUGCAACCGCCAACAUUCCACCGGAUGACACAGACGCUUGCAACGAAGCCCGAAACCUGCAAGUAGAAGGCCAAUUAUUACACACCCAGCAUCAGCAGACAUUUACCGCGUGCAAUACUCAUAUUGACCCAGGCUGGUAUCGCCCGAUAGCCUAUGGUCAGCCGGUUCAGAUUCCACACGUGUGUAUCAAGAACAACGCUUGCAAUACGCAGCUUCCGCUGCGGCUCGACCUUGGCGACCGGACACUUCCCAACGUCAACGUUACGAUUUGGGCGAGCGUUUGCACGUCGUUUGAUAUCUUGGGUCAAUGGGAUUGCUGCGUGCUACGUCAGCGCAUCGGCAUUCGGAAUUGUUCGGAAUUUUACGUGUAUUACAUGGAGCCCGUGGAUCGAUGCCCCGUCGCUUAUUGUUUUCAUGAAUUAAACCGCCGAGUGCUCUCGGAAUACACGCUUAAACGUGGUGAGGUCGUGCCAUUAAACAACUUCAACGCCCCCAUGACCUUGACACCGCCUCCACCUCAAACCACGACCAAUCAAAAUGCAGCAACAAGCACUACCGAACGCCAAAACGCGAAUCCCCAAACGUCGGCAACUCUCGAGUCAAGUACCGAUGACCAUACCGUGUCAGGGGAGACAACACCAUCGGAACGGAAUGAAGUCCGCAAUGUGACGUCCGAAAGGGAGAGCAAUCCGUCAACAGGGAACGAAUUCACCGCGUCGACGACAGAACGGGUUCAAGGGCCGGCCGAUUCAUCUACUAAGCUAAUUAGCGAUACGGAUGGAACAACCCACAGGUUGAAUGCGACCGAACGGGGCACUCAAUAUGCUGGUGGUUUGACGUCAACAGAAGCGACGACCGUUACAGUGACGUUAUCGAUGACAUCAACGCCGCCGGAUGUGUUGAACAGAACAGAAAACGCGACAAACACAGGUUUCCGAUGCACCAACCAAGAUGGACAGGAAAUACUGGUUCCCGUCCAAAACCGUUGCAAUAGUAAUCCAGACUGUGUAGACCACUCGGACGAAAUAAACUGUGAGAAUGCUGGAAUGUGUGUGGAGGGUAUGCCACGUUGCCCGAAUUCGACCAAGUGUUACAUAAAGUGUGACGGUGUGGCACAGUGCGCGGACAACUCGGAUGAACACGACUGUCUUGUAACAACAACCUCUACCGAAAACACUACAUUGCCGGCUUUAACACCAGUAACCAUCUUCGAGUCAACGAAUGCAAACGUGACUGAAUCAAUAUCUCACGAAACGACAGCUCCUGAUAACGCAUCUCCCUCAGACAGGUAUGGUGACGUCACGAUGGAGGUAGCCACCCAAACAGCGAUAACUUUUACCACAACCGUGACUGAAACGUCAAGCGUCACAGAAGUUCGUUUUGUUGACGUCUCAACUAAUAGCUCAGUAACAGCAGAAACAUCGUCAAGCAACGCUGCAACUAUUACAGGAGCAUCCCCAACAUCAACUGAACACAUUGAUAUGACAGAGAUUGCAUCUACCGUUUCUGCGACCACUGUGAGUGUCGAUAAUAAUGUAGCAAUGCCGACUGAAAAUGCAACACGUAGAUCCACCAUGAUACCUACAUGGAGUUCUACGUCCGCGAAUACAACCGAAAACACACAAUCACCAACAGGAAAUGAUACGUCCGCAAGUACGACCGAUAAUAAACAUGUGCAUUCCGAAAAUGUGACAUCUACAGAAUUUACACAGUUUCCUACCGAAACGUCCACUUUCACGGCCAUUGGUAGUACUACAUCUAUACCUAGACCUAUGGAAAAUACUACUUAUAUAACUGUAGCAGACAGUACACAGAUUGCUACUGAAACUUCUUCCGCAAAUGAAAUAGCAACGCCUGAAAUUGGAACAACCACCGUUGAAACCACUACAAAAUCACACACUAUAAGAAGUGACACUACAUCCACAGUUCCCGUUUUCGAGACCUCAAUGAGUUCUUUGCCCGACAGUACAUCAGAAACGACAGAACGUGCGUCCGAAACGACCAUUAAUGUAGCCCUUGAAACGCCAUCAACAACAACCACCAGAGAAGCUACCUCUAGCAUACAGGAAAUUACAACAAAAGCAUUUACCUCCGAAGUAUCGAAUUCAACGCAAACUAUUCCAUUGACGUUGUCAACAACACGUACAAGUUCUAUGCCAACGGUUCACACAGCCACACAAGUGACAAGCAAGUCAUCAAGCGGCGCAACACACACCACACAAUCGACAGAUUCAGUACAAACGACUGGGACAACAGCUAUCACAGAAAUCGCGGGAAAACCGAGCGAUUUUCAUGAAAAUCUCGGGCUCUAUGUGUUUCUGAUUGUGGCAGGAAUCAUUGUUUUCGGCAUAGUCGUUUUUGGCAUCAUUGGUUACUUUUGCACAAAACGGAUGAGACGCUGGGAACCAGACAUGGCUUAUCAAGAUGCGUACGCGGAUUUGGAGAAAAGUACUUUGUCGUCUGCAAGUAGAGAAUAUCGCGGUAUUGAAAGCCCCAUCGCAGAUAUCGACAUAUUGAGAGGCGAGCAAACCGAAGUAGAGAAGAUAUCUCUAUCCCAGGCCAGCACUCUGGAAUGUUCGAAAACAGACGACUCGCCCCAGAACCCCGAAAGAAAACAAACCAAAAAGCCCGCAAUCAGUAAAAAUGACAUCAACGCAAAAGAGACAGGGAAGAACAACGCGUCGACCGUUUGCAAGGAGGAAACAAAACCAGCACAGCAUGAAGGGGAAGACAACUCAGCGUACGAGAACGAUGACGUCAUAGAUGGUGUGACGCCAGUGGACGAGUAUGAAAACGAGUUUCCGGGGGAACUGUUCCCUUGGAUCGAGCAGGCGGCUGACACGCAGCUUUGAUGGGACACUUCUAGCUGGAAAUCACACUUUGAGCUUGAUAUAUUUCGGAGAGAUACUCCCCCGCCAUGGUUGUGAAAUGUGGGUUCUGAAUAUAGAUAGCAAAGACACUCAGAAAAAGCGCAUGUCUUAAAGCGAAACUGUAGUUACGAGAGUGUUUACAUGUAUUUACAUGUGCAAUUUUUAACUGAAUCUGUCGCGCAGUUUAAGUUUGCAAAGUAAUUAACUUGAUGAAGAUCGGGGAAUAAUUGUUUUAAGUUAUUUAAUAGAACGAAAAUAAGCUAAAAAGAAAAUGUAUUUGUGUUAUAUCGAAAUAUUUGUUUUAUAAAAGUGUGUUUUGUAUAGUUCAGAUCAUAUUUUUAAUGUAUAAUAAAAGUAAUACUUAGUAUUUAUUAUAAUAUACAUGUAGAUUCCGUUUUACGUCAACUGUAAAAUUAUAAUGCAAAAAAGAAUAAUUGUAUUUCUCAUUUUUCCGUUAAAGAAAAUCCAUUAUUACUUCAAGAACUGUUAUUGAAAUCAGUGUCUAUAAAAAAAAUAGUUUCAAAUGCCAGCCAUUCUUUUCCAAACAAUUCAUCCAAGCGUUAAAAACCAAGUUGGGGAGCGAGAGACAGAAGUUCGUUCGUUACUCAAGCUACCGUCAAGAAAUUCCCGAACCUAAAGCAUUAUAUUGAAUAUGUCGAUUUUAUUCGACUAUUUUUCAUAUUUUUUUGUUGUUGUUGUUUAACAAGAUUUUCAUAGCAUCAAAUUUUUUAUUAAUCAAUGAAAUUGCAGAUAAAACAAGUUGUUGUGACAAUUUCUUAAAAAGCUAUUGAUUUAGAAAUUUAAACUCCAUACAUAGAGCAAAAUGUUGAUGUUUUUUCACCUGACUGUAAUCAAAUUCACAGUGUCACGGUAACCGCGUGGUCGUUGAUAACAUAAAUGAGAUAUGCACAUGAAUGUAUUGUGAGUAUAAAAUAAAUGAACAAUAUAUAUCGAGAGAUAUCCACAUGUAGAUAAAACAAUUGACCUUGGUUUGAAACUAGGCCAUUGUUUGUUAAGUAUGUUCUUAAAUAUAUACAGACACUUGUCUUUUAUCGCGACCCUAACUUUGACAACUUAUGAACAUUCAAUAUGAUAAAAUAACGUUUUAGUAAAGUUUAAUUGUAACUAGAAUUUCUCUUUAUUCGUACGUGGGUUUAUGUCCCGGGAGUAAGUCGCAAUGUAUGUGAAAAUUCCAUUCUCAAUAGCAUUUGCAAGCAUAUGCAUGUAAAAACAACAACAUAGAUUUAGUUUGAAAUCCAAUAAAUUCUAAAAAGUUGUAUAAGAACACCCACCUUGUCGAUCUGUUAAAUUAAAUGAGUCGUGUUCUGAGAAAUUUGGGCAUUAUGCAUGUGCGUAAAGUGUCGUCCCAGAUUAGCCUGUGCAGUCCGCACAGGCUAAUAAGGGACGACACUUUCCGCUGUUCUUGUAUUUUUCGGUUAAAGUACGUCUCUUCUACACGAAAAUCCAGUUACGACGGAAAGUGUCGUCCCUGACUAGCCUGUGCGGACUGCACAAGCUAAUCUGGGACGACACUUUACGUACAUGCAUUAUGCCCAGUUUUCUCAGAACGCGACUCAAAUUAAUUAAGAUGUACUGCGGAAAUAUAACUUUUUUUGAAGAACGUCUCAUUGAACAGUCAUGUGAAUUGUUGCGAUAACGUGUAAUUUGUAUGUGUCAUUAAUGUAUAUCACUUACUAACCAGACAUUUAAAUAAUUGUGUUUUCAUAUAUAUGUCCACUUAACUAUUGUUUUAUCGUGUAUCAGAAUGUAUGACAAAAGUCGAUUGAUUUCCAUGUUAAAGUAUUUUAUUUCCGUGUCGAUCAUUUCACUAUGUGUUACAUGCGACAAAUACAUUUAUUAACCGAAGACAUAUGCCAUUAGUUCAUAAUGGAAUUUGUUUCUACUUUAGAAUUAUGUGUGCUUGUGUGUGUACAUUCAUAUUUAAAAGCUAUUUUAUAACAGAAAUAUCAUAUAUCAAGGGCUACUCCAUGUUCUUGUACCAUAUCUUGAUUCUAGACAUGUUAUACAUUUAUCUAGCAUCGGAAUAACCAUAUAUGCAGUUGUAUAGAAAGGGCAAAUGUUUUUUUAUAUUGGAAAUAUAAUAUAGUAUACACUAAGAUGAAAUAUUUAUAAUAAUGGGUUCCAAUUAUUUGCUGUAUUUACACAUGAAUAGAUUGCAAGCCUGUACUUUGAGUGACAUGUACGGUGGCAUAAAGGAGGCAAAUGCAAUAUUUUAUUUAACAUUCUCUAUGACGUGCGCACGUCAUUUAUCCCAUUUUCACCGCGACAUUGACGGUAUAACACGUUGUGGAAUAUACUUGCUUGUAUUCAACACUGUGGAAUAUACCUAUCGCGUGCACGGACUACUUUUUAAAUGACGUCAUGCGAUAUGCGCUAAAAUUAGGUCGAUAUUGUUUGGUUCAUUUAUCGAAUUUUAAGGUCACCCAUUAGAAGAAAAUGUGCAUAUUUUGCAGAAAUAUAUAUUUAUGACAUAUUCACCAAAAGAAAUGCUGAAAUAAUAUAUAAAAUAACACGA